CAAAAAACAAAACAAAUAACCUUAUGAUCGGUUGUAUAUAGUUAUGUAACUUAAAUUAAAAACUAUCAGUUUUGUGCUAAGCGCUUCACAAGCAUAAUUUCAUUCAAUGCUGUUAGGGAAGGUACUAUUAUUCUGGAGAUGGGGUGUGAAGAUAACUUUGUAAUGCCGCGAGAAACGUCUGGCUAAGCCCGGUUAUUAUCAGGCUCUCUUCCUUACCCCGCAUACGUGAGGAUUAAAUGAGACCCCAAGGUGAAGGCGCUUUACACACUAGCCAGCAUUUUACAGAACCCACGUGACAGGUUACUAAUUACACACCCCACAGCACCUGAUCCUCCGUGGAGACUCGGUAGGUGCCGGCUGUGGUCUAGUCGGUUCCUUGCAGUCUUCCGAUCCAAACUAAUCUCUGCGCGGCCUGGGGCCAAGACCACAAAUCUACGGAGGCGCAGCUCUGUCAGAGGCCGGGUACUGAGUCCUGAAAGAGGUCGCGAGAACAAUAGGUUACUUCAGGGCCCAGGCUUGGUGGAUGGGACUCAGGACGCCGGACCUGAGAAGUGGCGAGCGGGAGAUCCUGGGGGCCCCGUCUUCGGGCCAGAGGCGGUACACAGAGAAACUAGGCACCAGCCUUGGGCUCCCGGGUAGGAACCGGACUCUGGCCACCAACGCUGCGCCGGUCUCACGAGACGCGCCCUAGCCCCACCCACCACUUCAGGUCUUGAUAUUUUGGAAACUACAAGAAAAAAUAAGGUUAAGGAAAGGCUUUUUUUUUUUAGUGGACAUGGCUCAGAUAUCCAACAACAGUGGAUUUAAACAGUGUUCACCUUCUUCACAUCUGGAACCAACAAGAACAAAAGAUGUGGACAAAGAAGAAGCAUUGCAAAUGGAAGCAGAGGCUUUAGCAAAACUACAAAAGGAUAGACAAGCGACUGACAAUCAGAGGAGCUAUGAGUUGUCAAGCAGCACCAGACAAAGAGCUCAAGUUUUUAACAAACAGGAUUAUGAUCUCAUGAUGUUUCCUGAGUCAGAUUCCCCCAAAAGAACAGCGGACAUUGACAUAGAAAAGCUUACCCCAGCUGAACUUGAGAAACUAUUGCUGGAUGACAGUUUUGAGACUAGGAAAACACCUGUUUUGCCUGUUAGUCCUGUUCUGAGCCCUUCCUUUUCAGCACAAUUCUAUCUUAGGCCCACAAUUCAGAGAGGACAAUGGUCACCUGGAUUAUCUGGGCCUUCUGCUUAUACUUUACCUUCUAUUUAUCCUUCAACUUACAGUAAACAGGCUGCAUUCCAGAAUGGCUUCAAUCCAAGAAUGCCUCCUUUUCCAUCAACAGAGCCUAUAUAUUUAAGACUUCCAGGACAGUCUCCAUAUUUUUCAUAUCCUUUGACACCUGCUACACCGUUUCAUCCACAAGGAGGCUUACCAGUUUAUCGGCCAGUAGUUAAUCCUGACAUGGCAAAAUUAUUUGACAAAAUAGCUAGUACCUCAGAAUUUUUAAAAAAUGGGAGAGCAAGGACUGAUUUGGAAAUAACAAAUUCAAAAGCUACCGUCACCAGUCUACAGGCAUCUCCAAAGUCUGGGGAUAUCAGUAAAUUUGACUGGUUAGACUUGGAUCCUCUCAGUAAGCCUAAGGUAGACAAUGUGGAAGUGUUAGAUCAUGAAGAAGAAAAAAAAUUGCCUCAUUUGCUAGCUGAAGAUCCUUGGGAUGCUGUUCUUCUUGAAGAGAGAUCACCAUCAAGUCACCUGGAAAGAAAGGUGAAUGGAAAAUCCCUUUCUGGGGCAACUGUAACAAGAAGCCAAUCUUUAAAUAUUCGAACAACUCAGCUUACAAAAACACAGGGCCAAAUGACCCAGAAAGACCCAAAUGGGACCAAUAGUUUGCCAGCUGGAAGUUCUCUCCUACAAGAACUUGAAGUACAGAAUGAGGAGGUGGCAGCUUUUUGUCAAUCCAUUACAAAAUUGAAGACCAAAUUUCCAUAUACUGAUCACUGCACAAAUCCCGGCUACUUUUUAAGUCCAGUCACGGUGCAAAGAAACAUAUGUGGAGAAAACGCAAGUGUGAAGGUCUCCAUUGAGAUUGAAGGAUUUCAACUGCCAGUUACUUUUACUUGUGAUGUGAGUUCUACUGUAGAUAUCAUUAUAAUGCAAGCCCUUUGCUGGGUACAUGAUGAUUUGAAUCAAGUUGAUGUUGGCAGCUAUAUUCUGAAAGUCUGUGGUCAAGAGGAAGUUCUACAGAAUAGCCAUUGCCUUGGAAGUCAUGAGCAUAUUCAAAACUGUCGAAAAUGGGACACAGAGAUUAAAUUACAACUCUUGACCUUCAGUGCAAUGUGCCAGAAACUGGCCCGAACAGCAGAAGAUGAUGAAACACCUGUGGAUUUAAACAAGUACCUGUAUCAAAUAGAAAAACCUUACAAAGAAGUCAUGACAAGACACCCUGUUGAAGAAUUGUUAGAUUCUUAUCACAACCAAGUGGAACUAGCUCUUCAAAUAGAAAACCAGCACCGAGCCAUAGAUCAAGUAAUUAAAGCUGUAAGAAAGAUCUGUAGUGCUUUAGAUGGCGUAGAGACUCCUGCCAUUACAGAGUCAGUAAAGAAGCUAAAGCGAGCAGUUAAUCUUCCACGGAGUAAAAGUGCUAAUGUGACACCACUAUCUGGAGGAGGAGAUAAUAGCAAAUUCCCAAAUAGGGGUUCACUGAAUCAAGAAAAUCCUAUUCAGUUAUGCAUGACUCAGUUAACUGCGGCAAUUUAUGAUCUUCUCAGACUUCAUGCAAAUUCUAGUAAAAAUCCAGAAGACUGUGCCCCAAGUAGCAGAAGCAUCAAAGAAGCUUGGACUACAACAGAACAGCUGCAGUUUACUAUUUUUGCUGCACAUGGAAUUUCAAGUAACUGGGUAUCAAAUUAUGAAAAAUACUACUUGAUAUGUUCUCUGUCUCACAAUGGGAAGGAUCUUUUUAAACCUAUUCAAUCAAAGAAGGUUGGCACGUAUAAGAACUUCUUCUAUCUUAUUAAAUGGGAUGAACUAAUCAUUUUUCCCAUCCAGAUAUCACAGUUGCCAUUAGAAUCACUUCUUCAUCUUACUCUUUUUGGAGUUUUAAAUCAGAGCAGUGGAAGUUCACCUGAUUCUAAUAAGCAGAGAAAGGGGCCAGAAGCUUUGGGUAGAGUUUCUUUACCUCUUUUUGACUUUAAAAGGUUUUUAACAUGUGGAACUAAACUUCUAUACCUUUGGACAUCAUCACAUAUAAAUUCUAUUUCCGGAACGAGCCCCAAAAAAGGAUAUGUCAUGGAAAGAAUAGUGCUACAGGUUGAUUUUCCUUCUCCUACAUUUGAUAUUAUUUAUACAAAUCCUCAAGUUGACAGAAAUAUCACGCAACAACAUGACUUAGAGACACUGGAGCAUGAUAUAAAAGAGAAACUUCUUGAUAUUCUUCACAGAGAUUCAUCACUUGGACUUUCUAAAGAAGAUAAAGCCUUUUUGUGGGAGAAACGUUAUUAUUGCCUCAAACACCCAAAUUGCCUUCCUAAAAUACUAGCAAGUGCCCCAAACUGGAAAUGGGUUAAUCUUGCCAAAACUUACUCAUUACUUCACCAAUGGCCACCAUUGUGCCCACUGACUGCAUUGGAGCUUCUUGAUUCAAAAUUUGCUGAUCAGGAAGUGAGAUCCCUAGCUGUGGCUUGGAUUGAGGCCAUUAGUGACGAUGAGCUAACAGAUCUUCUUCCACAAUUUGUGCAAGCUUUGAAAUAUGAAAUUUACUUGAAUAGUUCAUUAGUGCACUUCCUUCUGUCGAGAGCACUGGGAAAUAUCCAGAUAGCACACAGUUUAUAUUGGCUUCUCAAAGAUGCCCUGCAUGACACGCAGUUUGGUGCCCGAUAUGAACAUGUGUUGGGUGCUCUCCUCUCAGUAGGCGGAAAAGGACUUAGGGAAGAACUGUCUAAGCAGAUGAAACUUGUACAGCUUUUAGGAGGAGUAGCAGAAAAAGUAAGGCAGGCCAGUGGAUCUGCCAGACAGGUUGUCCUCCAGAGGAGUAUGGAGCGAGUACAGUCGUUUUUUCAGAGAAAUAAAUGCCGGCUCCCUUUAAAACCAAGUCUGGUGGCAAAAGAGUUAAAUAUUAAGUCAUGUUCUUUCUUCAGUUCUAAUGCUGUACCUCUAAAAGUCACAAUGGUGAAUGCUGAUCCUAUGGGAGAAGAAAUUAAUGUGAUGUUUAAGGUUGGUGAAGAUCUUCGGCAAGAUAUGUUAGCUUUACAGAUGAUAAAGAUUAUGGAUAAGAUCUGGCUUAAAGAAGGACUGGAUCUGAGAAUGGUAAUUUUCAAAUGUCUCUCAACUGGCAGAGAUCGAGGCAUGGUGGAGUUAGUUCCUGCUUCAGACACCCUCAGGAAAAUUCAAGUGGAAUAUGGUGUGACAGGAUCCUUCAAAGAUAAGCCACUUGCAGAAUGGCUGAGGAAAUAUAACCCAUCCGAAGAAGAAUAUGAAAAGGCUUCCGAGAAUUUUAUUUAUUCUUGUGCUGGAUGCUGUGUAGCCACCUAUGUUUUAGGUAUCUGUGAUCGACACAAUGAUAAUAUAAUGCUUCGAAGCACAGGACACAUGUUUCACAUUGACUUUGGAAAGUUUUUGGGUCAUGCACAGAUGUUUGGCAGCUUUAAAAGGGAUAGAGCUCCUUUUGUGCUUACCUCUGAUAUGGCAUACGUCAUUAAUGGGGGUGAAAAGCCCACCAUCCGUUUUCAGUUGUUUGUGGAUCUCUGCUGUCAAGCCUACAACUUGAUAAGAAAACAAACGAACCUCUUUCUUAACCUUCUUUCACUGAUGAUUCCUUCAGGUUUACCAGAGCUAACAAGUAUUCAAGAUUUGAAAUAUGUUAGAGAUGCACUUCAACCCCAGACUACAGAUGCUGAAGCUACAAUUUUCUUCACUAGGCUGAUUGAGUCAAGUUUGGGAAGCAUUGCCACAAAGUUUAACUUCUUCAUUCACAACCUUGCUCAGCUGCGUUUUUCUGGUCUCCCUUCUAAUGAUGAAGCCAUUCUUUCAUUUUCACCCAAAACAUACUCCUUUAGACAAGAUGGUCGAAUCAAGGAAGUCUCUGUUUUUACAUACCAUAAGAAAUACAACCCAGAUAAACACUAUAUUUAUGUAGUCCGAAUUUUGAGGGAAGGGCAGUUUGAACCAUCAUUUGUGUUCCGAACAUUUGAUGAAUUUCAGGAACUUCACAAUAAGCUUGGUAUUAUCUUUCCACUUUGGAAGUUACCUGGCUUUCCUAAUAGGAUGGUUCUAGGAAGAACACACAUAAAAGAUGUAGCAGCCAAAAGGAAAAUUGAGCUAAACAGUUAUUUACAGAGUUUGAUGAAUGCCUCAACAGAUGUUGCAGAGUGUGAUCUUGUUUAUACUUUUUUCCACCCUUUACUUCGUGAUGAGAAAGCUGAAGGGAUAGCUAGGACUGCAGGUGUAGGUCCCUUUAGUCCCACACCAGGCCAAAUUGGAGGAGCAGUGAAGUUGUCUGUUUCUUACCGAAAUGGGACUCUCUUCAUUAUGAUCAUGCACAUUAAGGAUCUCGUUACUGAAGAUGGGGCUGACCCAAACCCCUAUGUUAAAACAUACUUACUCCCAGAUACUCAUAAAACAUCUAAACGUAAAACCAAAGUUUCGCGAAAAACUAGGAAUCCAACAUUUAAUGAAAUGCUUGUGUACAAUGGAUAUAGCAAAGAAACCCUGAGACAGAGAGAACUUCAACUAAGUGUCCUCAGCGCAGAAUCUCUCCGGGAGAAUUUUUUCUUGGGUGGGAUAACUCUGCCUUUGAAAGAUUUCAACUUGAGCAAAGAGACAGUUAAGUGGUAUCACCUGACUGCAGCUACGUACCUGUAAACGUGAAUUUCUGAGUUUUGGAAGCAAGAGGUUACAAAUGAGUGUGUACAUGAGUACAUACACUGAACUUUGUAUAUUUUUCUAUUUGGGUAGAAACUGUAAAGGUAAAUAUAUUUGUUGCAUUUGAGCACAUCUGUUGGACCAACAGUCACAUAACUACUUUUAUAAAUUUUGGGAAGCUCUUGGCUGUUUUAAAGUCAUUAUAUUGAAUGCUACAAACCCUAAACAAGUCCUAAGAAAUGACUUUUAGAUAGUACCAUCAGUUUGGCCAUUUAUUUUGCAUUGUUUCCUAUACAGAACAGCAUUCUUGUGUCCUGUUAUGCUCCUUUACAGCCUUUACCACUGCGUAUGUUCACAAGCACCAAAGUACAGGAAAGAUGCAGAAUGUUUCCACAAAAUACAGCUGCUAUUCACAGGGCUGAAAAGCAAAGCACAAAUAGUAGAUAGCUAUGUAAAGAACUACUAAAUAGUUUUAAAAAGGUAAGGAAAAAACUAUUGUUUUUUACUUAUUGUUAAAGCCCUUAUCAGAAUAAGUGCCAAUCACUGAAGUUGUAAAUAAUGGUGCCUUACUUUAUAUGCUUCCUUGGCACUUUUCUGAUGAUUUUCUUGAUUUGAUAGUUUUCAUUCACUUUCAGCUAGGACAAAAAGUUAUGUAUAUUUUUUCCACAAAAAAAUCAUUUUCUAUACUGCUGAUAUGACUUGAGGUUACUGUAACUGUCAAACUAUUUAAAGUUUUGUUACCCAGUAACUGAAAGAGAUUCAUUGAUAAAGUACUCUAAAUUCUA